UGUUCAUCCAGGAACCUUCAAAAGUUGAACUAAUAGUAAAAGUGACAAAAAAAAUGGCUGCGGAAGUGGAACUAGAAAAGUGCGCGAAUGAAACGCGGGGUGAAGAGAAAGAGAAAAUGGAUGUCAAAGAAACGCGAUUACCGCAAAAACGUUUCUUUCGUCAACGAGCUCAUUGCAAUCCACUCAGCGACCGACCCAUGUACCAUCCGGAGAAGCCCGAAUUGAUGGACUGGAGUGAAUAUUAUCCCCACUUUUUCAAACCAGGGGAUGCCGGUCAUUCAGAAAAGCGCGUGGAAAUUCUGGACGUUGGUUGCGGUUAUGGGGGACUUCUGUUGGAGCUUGCCAAAAUAUUUCCUGAGAAAUUGGCGCUUGGAUUUGAAAUCCGAACGAAAGUGUCCAAGUAUGUGCAAUGUAAAAUUGAAGCACUACGCAAACAAGAACCUGGAAAAUAUCAGAAUGCAGCGUGCAUUCGUACGAACGCCAUGAAGUAUAUGCUGAAUUUCUUUGCAAAAGAGCAGCUGACUCACAUGUUCUUCCUUUUCCCUGAUCCACAUUUCAAGAAAAAGAAACACAAGUGGAGAAUCAUCAAUGACCGCUUGUUGCAUCAGUAUGCUUUCUGCAUGGCCGUUGGGGGACUAGUCUACACGUUGACUGAUGUCGAACAGCUUCAUCAAUGGAUGGUGAAGCAUUUAAGAGCUCAUCCUUUAUUCGAAGAAGUUCCCGAGGAAGAAUUAAAGGGAGAUCCCGUUCAUGACGUGAUCUGGGAAAGUAGCGAGGAAGGGAAGAAAGUGACAAGAAAUGAAGGAUCUAAAUUCCUAGCUGUUUUUAAGCGGAUCGAAGUUCCCGGUAUCUCGGCGCAGUCGUUGAUGGACUCACAUCCACCCACAAAGCGAGUAAAAAUUGCGAACGAGGAGAGCAAUAAUGGCAAGAGUGAAACACGUGGGAUGAGUAUGAAUAAGGUGUUCUGUAAUGAGCAUCCAGAUGCAACCUUGAUCGAAGAUUACCACGCGGGGGAUCAGAUUUGUUCCGAAUGUGGUAAAGUCGUUGGCGACAGGGUGAUUGAUGUCGGUACUGAAUGGCGAACUUUCGGCGACAAACAGGAUCAAGAUCCAUCUCGUGUCGGUGCAGCCGAAAAUCCCUUGCUCGGAAGUGGCGAUUUAUCUACCAUGAUCGGUCCAAGUAACCACUCUGCCUCUUUUGACGAGUUCGGAGCAGCGAAGUACCAAAACAAACGAACUAUGAGCAGUUCGGACAGGACUUUGAUCAAUUCGUUUCGUGAAAUCGGAACUAUGGCGGACCGGAUUAAUUUGCCGCGGACGAUCGUGGAUCGGGCGAAUUUGUUGUUCAAACAAGUACACGAGAGCAGAAGUUUGAAGGGCAGGAGUAAUGAUGCCAUCGCUUCUGCUUGUUUGUAUAUAGCUUGUCGCCAGGAGAAUGUUCCCAGGACUUUCAAGGAAAUUUGUGCGAUUUCAAAAGUGAGCAAGAAGGAAAUCGGAUUGCCUAAUCCCGUGCAACGGGCAGCAACACAUAUCGCGAAGAAGGCCGGUGAACUGGACAUCGUACCGGGACGGUCCCCGAUUUCCGUCGCCGCAGCCGCCAUUUACAUGGCGUCCCAGGCAUCGGAAGACAAGAAGACUCCCAAGGAGAUCGGUGACGUGGCCGGAGUGGCAGACGUUACGAUAAAACAAGCUUACAAACUGAUGUAUCCACGGGCAGCUGAGCUGUUCCCCAAGGACUUCAAGUUCUUUACCCCCGUGGAACAGCUUCCGUUGCAAUGAAGUUUCUCAGUUAGGGAGUAAAAUGAAGAAGUGUUUUGGUACACGACAAAGCAAAAGGUUUUAUUUUUUAUCGGUUGGCUGUCUUCUCGGCGUUGUGCCCUUCAAAUUGUUUUUGUUAUGGCAACUCUUAAACGAUAUAAAGCAACGUAUGUCUCAUGCGUUUCAAA